AUGGGUUUCUUCGACAACGCUUGGAAGGCCUUGGACGGCUUUGGACAGGAAGCUGGAAAGCACGUGGGUCACGUCGCGCAGGAGACCUGGAAACACCUCGACGCUUUCGGUCAAGACGUUGGACCAAAGAUCGGCCCUGCUCUCGGAGAAACCUGGAAACACAUGGACGCCUUCGGUCAAGAGACUGGAAAGCACGUCGGUCACGUCACGCACGAGACCUGGAAACACCUCGACGCUUUCGGACAAGAUGUAGGACCAAAGGUCGGCCCUGCUCUGGAGGAAGCCUGGAAGCAUGCGGAUGCUUUUGGUCAAGAGGCUGGAAAGCAUGUUGGCAUCGCGGCAGAACACACCAAGCAAUGGAUUGAGGAGCAUCCGGGAGAGACCGCUGGUAUGAUCGCCUGUGUCGUCGCUGCUCCUCUCGGUAUCGGGGUUGCGCACGGCGUCCUACGUAUGGUGGGUUUCACGGCCAAGGGAAUUGCUGUUGGAUCUGCCGCUGCUGCAGCUCAAUCUGAUAUCGGAAACGUUGCAGCUGGAAGCGCUUUUGCGGUUCUCCAAAGCGCAGCAGCGGGCGGCAGUGGUGCUAUACUCGUCAACGGCGUCGCCGCGGGCACAGUCACCGCGGUUGCUAUCGCUGCUACGGCUCCUGGACUCAUCAAAGCUAUACAGGAAGGCAAGAACGAAGUCACUGUCGAUGGUAUCACGUACGAGAUCGAGGACAAAGGAGAGGUAGAGUCCUCGCCACCAGAUCAGUAG